AGUAUGAGUGAUAAAUUAGAUUAUUAUUCCUAAGUUAGUGACUUAUAAGGGUUCAUAUAAAAAUUGCAAAAAAAGUUGGUAUUUCGGUUAUUUUAUGGAAUUGGAAAGAUAUAAAUUAAUAGAUAUAAAAUAUUAUUUGUUAUAAAAUAUAUAGACAGAGUAAGGGGAAAAUAUGAUGAUUAAUUGGAAGGAAAUAAUUUAAUUAGGUUGGAAGUAUAAUUGAGCAGAGUGAUGAGUUUGAGAGACGGUCGUAAAUAGUCAAUAAAGGCGAAUGUAAAAAUGGUAGAAAAACUGGUAUAAGGGUAGAAAUUAAGACAAAGAAAAUUAUAAUAAGUUGUGAAUUAUGAUUAUUAAAUUAAUAAAAAAAUAAGUUAUUAAUUUUAAUUACCAUUACUUAUUACCUAAGAUUUAAUAAUUGAAUAUUUCAUUGGAACAAGAAUAAAUUUCUUUAAGAAGUAUGUUUUAGCAAGGAUUCACUUAUUAAAAUCUAUGACUAAAUCGAACUUAAGAAUAGGAUUAAAUCAUUAAGGUUUAUGA